CAAGCGGGACUCUUGCCUGCGCACUUUUAUCUGCUCUAAUUUUAUAAAAUUUAACACAAAAAUGGGUGUGCAACCUGAAAUUCAAGCAGAAGCUACUUCUUUAGUGCACCAGUUUCUCUUAAACGUUGAUAAGUCGCUAGCACAAGAGUUUUUAAAGAAAACAAAAGCGAAACCUCGUCCAAAAAAUCUGCCUUCUCUCGUGGAUAUCAUCCAGCAAGUCAAGAAACUGAGUAAGCCUGCACAGAAGGCUUGUGAAAGCUCUGAUGACUCUAGUGAGAAUGAAGCACCAAAAAAGGCUGCACCACAGCUGAACGGCAAGCUAACAGCAGCCAAAAAGAAGCAAGACUCCUCUGAUGACAGCUCUUCAGAAGAUGAUAAAAAGCCAACAAAGGCGGCUCCAAAGCCAAUUACUAGACCUACACCUGUGAAAAAAGCAGCAGAAUCCUCGGAUGACAGUAGUGACAGUGAAGAUAAUGCAACUUCAAAACCUACAAAACAGCCAGUGAAACCACAAUCUGCCAAAGUGGCACCAAAAGUAAUAGCAAAGAAACAAGAAUCCUCUGAUAGUGAGGAGGACAGCAGCGAUGAAGAUGCAAAACCAGCGCAAAAACAACCACCAAAAUCUAUUCAAAAGCCAACACCAGCCAGAAAGCAGGAAUCUUCAAGUGAUUCUGACAGCAGCGACAAUGAGCCUAAAAAAGCAACGCCUAAACCUCAACAGAAACCUGCAGCUAAACCAACACUGAAAAAACGGGACACUUCAACAGAUGAUGACAGUAGUGAUGAGGAGCCCAAGGUAGGUGCUAAACCUACACCCACAAAGACUACACCAGUUAAGCCAAUGGCAGGCAAGAAGCAAGAGUCAUCAGAUGAAAGUGAUAGUGAUGAACAACAAAAACCAAAAGUUGCUGCCAAAUCUGCAAAACCUGCUCCAAAAACCCAACCUCUGACAAAGAAACAAGAAUCAUCAACUGAUGAUGAAAGUAGUGAUGAUGGAGCUAAAAUGAAAAAUGCUAAACUGAUACCUACUCCUGCUAAAGCUAUUGCCAAGCCAAAAGUUCAAAAGAAGCAAGAGUCUUCAGAUGACAGUGAUGAUUCUGAAGAUGAAAAGCCUAAACUCCCAGCCAAACCUCAACCUGCUAAGGCUGCUCCUAAAUCAACUCCUAAAAAGCAGGAAUCCUCAUCAGACUCUGAUAGCAGUGAUGAGGAACAAACUAAACCUGUGCAGAAACCAACUCCCAAACCUGCAGCUAAAGCAGCUCCCAAACUUACCCCAAAAAAACAAGAAUCCUCUGAUGACAGUGAUUCGUCAGAAGAGGAUGCUCCUAAAAAACCUGUUCAGAAAACUGUGACACCUUCAAAACCACUCACUAAGCCUCCUGUAAAGAAGGAUUCAUCAUCAUCAGAUGAUAGCAGUGAAGACGAAAAGCCAAAAGUAACUCAGAAGACACCUGCUAAACCGCAACCAAAACCUGCAGCUAAGAAAGCUGACUCUUCUGAUGAGAGUGACAGUAGUGAUGCAGAUCCUAAACCAGCUCAAAAAGCUAUACCUGCUAAACCACAACCUAAAGCUCGGAAACAGGAUUCUUCAGAUGAAGACAGUGACUCUGAAGAUGAUGGACCAAAGAAGACACCAGUAAAACCAACUCCUGCCAAAACGGCCGACUCUUCUGAAGACAGUGACGAUGAUGAUGAUGGCCCACCUGCAGCUAAAAUUGCUAAGAAACCCCAAGAUAAUUCAUUCCAACAGAAUGGAUUUAAAGCUGGGAAGAAAAGGAAAGCUUCGGAAUCUGAUGGAACUCCUCAAGCUAAGAAACCUUACAGCAAUUUUGUAAAGGAGACAAACCAUUCAUCAACACCAAAUGAGAAAAAUGAACCAAACAAUAAAGCAGUCCCAUUCAAGAGAGUUGACCCCAAUAAAGUGGAUGUUGAUCCUAGGCUAAAGGAUAAUUCUUUUGACGCAAAGAGCGGAGCCCGCGGGUCUUGGGGAGAGCGAGCGAAUCAAGACUUAAGACACACUCGUGGCAAGUCAUUCAAACAUGAGAAAACGAAGAAGAAGAGAGGCUCGUAUCGCGGUGGCGCCAUCGACACUGGCGUCCACUCCAUCAAGUUCGAGGAUUGAAGUUAACUGUCACGCAUAUUAUAUAUACAUACGUUUUGGAGUAAAAUAACGACGUUUACUUAUAUGUUAAACAGUUAAACCCGAUGCAUUUAUUAAUCGCAUUUCUUAAUGUGUCACUCCAAAGUAAGGACUUAUGUUGUGGUAUACGUUUUAAUCUCCUCUUAAUAUUGCACUACUACUGUUUGAAUAUCCCGCCCAUUUUUUGUUUCACCUCAACUCAAAUGUAUUGGGUUUAACUUAGAUUUUUCUAUAGAUAAAUAUUAUUUAAGUUUAGUAACUCAAUUUUAUUUAGGUAUUACCUCUGCACUUUUGAUUUAAUUUUUCAGUGACUCCAAUUAUUUAGCUUUUUAAAUUUUUACUUAUUAUGUAAAUAAUUGAUAAGUCAUUAAUUAGUUUAAAAUGUAAUGUGAUUUAUGUCGCCCUCGUUUGUAAAUAAGCCCCGAUAAGUGAAUGAUGUAUUUUUGUUCUUUCGGAAUAUAAGUAAUUUGUUUUUGUUUAGUUAUAUAAGACCGCCUUUUAAUUAUUAUAUUUAGUGAUAUUAAGUAACGAAGGUUGGUGUUUUAAUUUUGACGAUAAAUAACAUAGACUGCGUUCACAAUUCUAGAAU